AUGGCGGUGAAGGCGGUGAAGGCGAGGAGAUGGCCUGGCGAGGAUCACGGGUCGUUUACCUCUUCGCCGGGCAUGUAUUCGAUAGGAUCCUCCGAGGCUUUCGAUGUGGAGGAUGCCAACCAACGGAUCGCUGCCCCCAAGGGUCCGGUACGGGUGACCCGGCGCAUCAACUACUUCACGCAGACGAUCGUUCUGGUGUUCAUCGUGUCCACAUCCGGGCUGUUCGUUUGGAAGAUGGUAGCGCUGUGCCUCGACGAUGGCUACUGGGGGCGUAUGGUGAACGUCGGGUUUCUCCCCGCUGUGGUGAUCUUCAUGCUCUUCAUCGUCCACUUCGGGAUCACCCAGGUCGUCUGCGCGCUGGGGCCCGUGGCACACAUGCAGACGAACUCGCAAUUCUUCAGCGCCUUGGCGCCCGCCCGAGCGCUAACGCACCCGGACAUCACGAUCCAGAUGCCGGUCUACAAGGAAAGCCUCGAAGCUGUCAUCCUACCUAGUAUCGUCAGCCUGGAGGCCGCUAUGUCGCACUACCGAAAGGCCGGCGGGUUCUCCAAGAUUUUCAUCAACGAUGACGGCCUCCAGCUGCUGGACGAAAAAGAACGCGAGGCUCGCGUGUCCGUGUAUCGGGCACACCGCAUCGCCUACGUGGCCAGACCGCCGCACGGGGUGAAGGUCAGGAAGGGCCUCUUCAAGAAGGCCAGCAACAUGAACUACUGCCUGGACGUGAGCAACCGAGCGAUGGGGGUGAUGGAGGAGCAGGGGCUGUCGGACCCGGCGCUAGCGUUGUCCAUGGUUCAGGAGGCGGCGCAGGGAGAGUUUCUAGCCGGGGGUGACCUUACCAUGGGGAGCAUCAUCCUGCUCGUCGACUCGGACACCCGGGUGCCCGAGGACUGCCUGACGAAGGUGGUCGGGGAGUUUCAGGAGUGUCCCAACCUUGGCUUCGUACAGUGCCGCACCACCCCCCUCCGUGCGGAGGACAACUACUGGGAGGACAUGAUCGCCCACUUCACGGAGAACAUCUACGACAUCGGGAUCGCGCUGUCUGUGUCUGGCGGCGACCCAGCUCCCCUUGUGGGACACAACGCGUUUCUCAGAUGGAACGCGAUGAAGGCGGUAUCGUGGAAGGAGGACGGCAUGACCAAGUUCUGGUCAGAGGCGCACGUGAGCGAGGACUUCGACAUGUCCCUCCGGCUUCAGACGAAGGGGUUCAUCGGACGUUACGCCACGUACACGGGUCCGGGUUUCCAAGAAGGGGUUAGCCUGACGUGCGCGGACGAGGUUAUCCGCCUCCGAAAGUACGCCUACGGCGCGUGCGAGAUGCUCCUCAACAAGUUCAAGCACUGGCCGUGCCGGGGACCGAUCACGUCCCUCUUCUGGAGCUACCUGGGCGCCCGCGGCAUCCCGUGGCCCUCAAAGCUACAGAUGGCGGGGUACCUCGGGACAUACCUGGCGAUGGCCUACUCGGUCGUUGGCAUCUGCUCGUACAUCGUGCUGCGUAUGUUUUACGGAGUCUUGCAGGAGGACAUCACGAACACGUACGACGUGUUCAUCACCGUCGUCUUCGUGUUCGGGGUGAUCGGCAUCUUCGGCGCGGGGACUAUCCGCUACCGGAUGGGCUUCGCCGGCGAUGUCACCAUCUUCCAGGCGUACUGGAUAGAGCUAAGGAACGCUCCGGCCAUGACCAUGUUCUGGUCGCACAUCCUCUGGCACAUCACGACGGCCUGCUGGUGCUACUUCUGGGACCUGGACAUCGUGUGGGGGGCAACGGCGAAGGAGAGCACGCGCUCAACCUUCUGGGUGGAGUUCAAGGAGACCCUCGAGCGGUACCGGGGGAUGUACAUCUGCCUGACCCUGCUGUUCGGUGUGUACGUAUUCGGGAUGAUCUGGACGGGCCAGGAGUGGACGGACCAACGCCUGUCGUUCCCCCUCUCGUUCUACGUCGCGACCCACUUCCUGGGACCCUUCCUGCUUAACCCCGUGCUCACCCGCGGGUACUACUAGUUCUUCUUUACAAAGUGACACCCAUGCGGUGGUUCGGGUUCGGUACUCAGCACACACACACAAACGUUUUACAGCGCCGGCGUUGUUGCGCCACUGAAGCCUCUUGAGCUGCUGCAGCUGUUUCAAGGCUAGUUCGCGUGAGUCGCGUCGCGAAGAGUUGUCGCGCCCUCAUGUCGACGAUUUUUUAAGACCCCCGGGAGGUGAGUUGUCAUUUGUUAGGAGCCGAGAAAGACUAGUCCGGUCUGUAUUGGUUUGAUUAGUACGAGGCACGGCCGCGCCGCCGAUCAAAAGGGGUGGAGCUACUGCGCAAUGCUAGAUAUCAAGCCUGAAAAUCUAGUCUUAAUGGUUUGAUUCCGGCUUCUAUUUGUAGGAGGCACUCGGCAGCGACGCCGAUGUAUCGAUAGGGGUGGAGCUGCUGCGCAAUGCUAGAUACCUCGCCUGUGUGCGAUCUCCGGAGAAGAUCACGGGCGUGGGGAACGCGCCGAGGGUUGACUGUGAUACGGGGGAGAGACGCUGCUGGUGCUCACGGCGACUCGUUUUUUUCGAAGCUUGAUGAGGGGAGCAUUGCAGGGGCUUUCGGCAGCUUAAGAUAGCUCUCGGAAAUGAAGGGCAAGAGAAAAGCGUCGGAAGGCUUCGCCUCUCUUCGGGUUUCAGUUGAAGAAAAGCGCGGUAGGUUGUUCGGCCGGGCUUAGAGGACAGGCGGAAACCCGAAGACUCCGCUCGCCGACAGAUCGGUUGCAGACGGUCCUGGCUCUCAAGUCAUCUCGUUUUAUUUUGGCGUGGACUUCAUUACGAAGGCGCAAGGAGUAGCUGGGGUUAUAUGGGGUGAGCGCUUUCGUCUCGAAAAAUGGCCGCCCAAAGGUGAUGUGUGUUAUGCGUGUGGUUUUCUUUUUUUUUUGUGUGUGUGUGCGUGUGUUUUUUUUU